AUCAUCGCAAACUGUGGGUGCGAAUAACCCGCGCGUGGUUUAAGACCACGCCGCCGUAGUUGGCAAUCGUCUCCGGGCGAAUAGAUUUCUUUUUCUCUAUAAAUAUAUCGAAGACUCGUUCGGAGAUCCCGUCAUUCGAUCUUUCCUGGUUGUCGUUCGCGUCCGAGAAAACCCUCUUUGAGAAAUCUUGCAAGCAUCUGGAGAGAGAAAUGGGGAGCUCUGAGAUUGCAUGGAAAUUGGCGGAUCACCCGAAGCUUCCAAAGGGGAAGACGGUGGCCGUCGUGGUUUUGGAUGGAUGGGGCGAAGCUAAUCCCGAUAAAUACAAUUGCAUUCACGUUGCCGAGACUCCUGCCAUGGAUUCACUCAAGAAGGGUGCCCCAGACAGAUGGAGGCUGGUAAGGGCUCACGGCAAAGCAGUGGGACUUCCUACUGAGGAUGACAUGGGCAACAGUGAAGUAGGUCACAAUGCACUAGGUGCAGGACGCAUUUAUGCCCAAGGUGCUAAGUUGGUGGAUCUUGCACUGGCCUCUGGAAAGAUAUUUGAAGGGGAAGGUUUUAACUACAUCAAAGAAUGUUUUGAUCAAGGUACUUUGCAUCUCAUUGGGUUAUUGAGUGAUGGAGGUGUUCACUCUCGGCUUGAUCAGUUGCAGUUGCUACUGAAAGGUGCUGGCGAGAAUGGUGCAAAGAGAAUCCGUGUGCACAUUCUUACCGAUGGCCGGGAUGUUUUGGAUGGGUCGAGUGUUGGUUUUGUAGAAGCACUGGAGAAUGAUCUUUUGAUGCUACGAGAGAAGGGUGUUGAUGCACAAAUUGCUUCUGGUGGUGGUCGUAUGUAUGUUACCAUGGAUCGCUAUGAGAAUGAUUGGGGCGUUGUUAAACGCGGUUGGGAUGCUCAGGUUCUUGGUGAAGCACCACACAAGUUUCAAAGUGCUGUUGAAGCUGUGAAAAAGCUUCGGGAGGUUCCCAAAGCCAAUGAUCAGUACUUGCCCCCUUUUGUUAUAGUUGAUAAGAGUGGUAAGGCAGUUGGGCCAAUAGUGGAUGGUGAUGCAGUUGUAACAUUCAACUUCAGAGCAGAUCGUAUGGUUAUGCUUGCUAAAGCACUAGAAUAUGAAGAUUUUGACAAAUUCGACCGUGUUCGCGUUCCAAAGAUUCGAUAUGCUGGAAUGCUGCAGUAUGAUGGCGAAUUGAAGCUUCCAAGCCAAUAUCUUGUUUCUCCUCCAGAGAUAGAGAGAACAUCAGGAGAGUACCUAGUACACAAUGGCAUCCGUACUUUUGCUUGCAGUGAGACUGUCAAGUUUGGACAUGUCACCUUUUUCUGGAAUGGGAAUCGAUCUGGGUGUUUUGACCCAACUAUGGAAGAAUAUGUCGAAAUUCCAAGUGAUUCGGGAAUUACAUUUAAUGUUAAACCCAAUAUGAAGGCCUUGGAAAUUGCUGAAAAGGCAAGAGAUGCUAUCCUCAGCCGCAAGUUUGACCAGGUUCGUGUCAACCUUCCUAAUGGAGAUAUGGUGGGUCAUACUGGUGACAUAGAGGCCACGAUUGUCGCAUGCAAGGCUGCUGAUGAUGCUGUCAAGAUGAUUCUGGAUGCUAUAGAGCAAGUGGGUGGGAUAUAUGUCGUCACUGCAGAUCAUGGAAAUGCUGAGGACAUGGUAAAGAGGAACAAAUCCGGUCAACCACAACUUGACAAAAAUGGGAACAUUCAAAUUCUCACUUCCCAUACUCUUCAACCAGUUCCCGUUGCCAUUGGAGGCCCUGGUCUUGCACCUGGUGUCAGAUUCCGGAAGGAUGUACCCAGCGGUGGCCUUGCCAAUAUUGCUGCUACUGUUAUGAAUCUCCAUGGUUUUGAGGCUCCUAGUGACUAUGAGCCAACCCUAGUUGAAGUAGCUGACAAUUGAAUGCAACAUCUAAUGGUAACUUAACGCCGGUGUUAUAUUGCUCCAUUCUUGAGCCUGGCGCAAAUUCUGCCGCCAAUACUUGUUUGCGCAGAAAAGAGGUCUAAAUAAUUUCUUGUGACACAAUAUUUUUGUGAGCAACAUUAAAAGGUUUUAAGAGAGUUACAAUUUUACCCCCGUUUCCUACAGGAAGCUAAUUAUAGUGUGGGGGUUCUCCCACCAUGAUUCUCCAUGAGCAUGUCUUAAAUGCCAUGUACUUAAUGGGAAGCUAUUUAACUUGAAAUAGGUUAUGCAUUUUCUGUUAUCAUGAUUGUCUUUU